AUGCCUCCGGCUAUUAACGCCGAGGGGCAGGAAGAUAUCCCUUGGUAUCUUCGGGUUCUUAACCCCUACGACCGACGUCACUCUGGUCGUAAAGCUUUGGAAGAUCGAUUUACCCCUUCAAAUCCAACGCAUAUGCGUGACUUCUUGGCCUUAAAGGAUCACAUUGCAAGACUUGCCGAGAAGGAGGCUAUUAUUAAUAGCCUUAACCGCACUAUCGUACGCCUGCGAACCAAGAAUCGAGUCCUAGAGACCAAAAACAACAAUCUUGUUCAAGAGAAGGAGGAACUUAAUACAAGGUUGUUAGACAUUGAGAACAAUCAACUCGAAGCUCUCCGUCUCGAAAACCAAAGCCUUAGAGAUAAGGUCAAAGAUCUCGAAAAUCAAGUUCCUAACACUCAAGAGGACUUUGAUCUUAUAACCGCAGGUGCUUUUGAUAUCGACUUUGGUUCCUUUGAUUUUGAGAAUUUUGAUUUCGAUAUGUCUGCAAACUAA